CACACAUCUCACGGCGUGGCAUUAAUGUAGAGUUCCUAAGGUUGGAAAAUAUUGUUUCUUUUCCACACGGAUAAUUCUCUCUCCUUUUAAUUCCAACGUUGCUACCCUGAUUGCUAGUCAUCAGUCCAGAAUCAUGUGUCGUCUUCAAUGUCGGGUCUCACGACAGCAUGUACUACUGUACCGCGUGCGCUGCGGAAGCCACCCCACCCUGCGAAAACGGCCCACGGUUAGGGAAGGCACGAAAAACAGCUUGACUGACUCACCAGCGGAUCACACACGCUCCAUAUCCCAACACCACACAAGCCGAACCACAUUUACAGAGCACACAGCUUGUCCAUUGACUUGAGAGAAAGUAUCGGACUCGUCCAUAUUGCACGCCGAUCGUAGCUUCUUCGUCGGACCAGCAAACUAUAGACAACAUCGACAUACGCAGCGAUUACCAUCAAAACCACAGGCGCAGAUGCCCUCCGCCGUACCGGGCUUUGCGCCCACCCUCGACUCCUAUCUGCGGUCACUCAAAGGGCACGCGCAUCUCGACCUCACCAUACAGUCCCUCGUUGACCUCCUGAAGCGUCGCCAGAUCUCAGGACCCGAAGACUGUGCCCUCGCCACCGCAAACUGCCUCCGCCAAGUAGUCGCAAAGUCGAAAUGGACCGACGCCGACACCCUUCUCGCGAAUGUGUCCCGGGCCGGUAGCAAGCUCAUGCGCGCCCGCCCCAACGAGCUUGUCAUCGGCAACAUUGUGCGGCGCGUGCUCGGGCUCAUUCGCGAUGAGGCCACCGAGGAUAGAAACGACGGAGCGCCAAGCGAGACUCCCAGCGAGGGACAGAUGACCCCAAUUGGCGAAAUGAGCCAAAGCUUUCAUUCUUCAGCGCCGACCGAGGCCCCUCGAAGACCUGGGCCUGUGGGCGCCGCGAGUUCAGCCAACAUACCACGCAGUCUGUCGAUGCUCCUGUCGGCCAAGGAUGUGGCAGACAAUGAAGGCACGAUCUCUCCGUUUGGUAACUCUGGCACGUCGACGCCAUUGCACAGGACGACCAACAGCCAGGUGCACGCAUUACGGUCGGAGGUCAUCAACGGAAUACAGGAAAUCAUUGACGAGAUGGGCCAGGUGGAUGACCAGAUUGCCGCGCACGCCGAGGUGCAGAUUCGCCCCGGCGACCACAUUCUGGUUUACCACCCCUCUCCCACUGUGCAGCGUUUUAUCCUCAGGGCGGCGCAGAAGCGCAAGUUUACCUUGUUGAUCCACUGCAUGCCGCAGCCACGGGGUGCCACUGGGCAUGACAACUACAGAGCGCUCCGAGAUAAGCUCAAGAGUCAGGGUGUACAGUCAAUUGUGAUGACAACUGGCGGCGGCAUGUCGUACAUGUCUCGCGUCAACAAGAUGAUCAUAGGUGCGAGUGCCAUCACUGCCAAUGGCGGAGUGGUCAGUGAGAACUUUUCGACAAUCGUCGCAGCAGCGGCCAAGCACCAUCGCGUCCCGAUCGUCGUACUGGCUGGUGUCUACAAGCUCAGUCCAGAGUGUCCUUACACCCAGGAGACGGCCGUUGAAUUCGCCGAUCCCAUGCAGCAUGUGGAUUUCUCGGAUGGGAGCCUUGUGCACGCCGUGGAGGUCAAGGCAGGUUUGACUGCCUUCUUGCCUGCCAACCUGAUUGACACGUACAUUACAAACCUGGGCACACACACUUGGGAGCAUCUAUCAGGAUUGAUCAGCGACCAUUACGCCGAGGAAGAUGUGAAUUUGCAUCUCAAGGCGCCCCAAGAUGCUUGAUGCUUCACAUAAAAUAAAAUAAAAAGGGAAAGAAAAAAAAGAAACAAAGACCACAAAAUCCAAAUCAUGGUGGCUGCAUCCAAAUCCGGUAGGGAGAAGAUAUCAAGAAGCCAUAUGGAUGCGGAGGACAGCGGAUGGGAUUCCAGCGACGCGGGAGGCUUGGCCUUGGCGCCCCUCCAACCAACGGUAGCCGGGUGAUGUCAUGUGCAUAGCCUCAACAACACCUCAUUCUCACA